AGAUCCCCUUCCCAUCAUUGUCAGCCUCUGCUUCUACCUUCUAGUUCUCUGCACCAAAAAACUAAUACAAAUAAAGGAUAAUUCCCUUCAAUUUCUCCGUCUAUUCCGUGACAAAUAAUGCAUGAUCGGUAGAAAAGCAUAAUAUAUUAUUGUUUCUUCGGCUAGCGCGACGAGAGAAAGAGAGAAGCAAUUUGGGGUUGUCGUCGUGAUCAGCGCAAGAGUGUACGUACUGUUCUUUUUUUCUUUUUGAUUUCUCAGUCUUGGAUGCAAGUCAAAGUUCAUUAUUGGGUUUGUUUGUUCAACGAACUGAUCCCUCCCCACAAUAGUUUUUGUUUGUAAAUUCCCACAUUCUUGCUUACAAGAGUUAGAGACGCGAAUGCCCACUUGUGUUGAUAUUCAGGCAGAGAGAAAGGGUGAGCAGGAUCUCAUUCUCAUUUCUCAAAUGGUUGUUCUUGUGAAGAAUUGGAGCUAUGAAUUCAACUGCGCAUUUUUGAGGGUUCUUGAGCUAUCGGAGAAUAGAUCUACAAUGGAAAAGAAUUUGUAACCUUAAUGGAUCCUCAGGCUUUUAUUAGGUUGUCUAUAGGCUCACUGGGAUUGAGGAUUCCUGGGCCCAGUUAUAACUCGGCUGGAAUUCAUGCACUUUCUUCUCCAUGUUCAUGUGAAAUUCGUCUUCGAGGUUUUCCGGUACAGACAACAUCAGUACCCUUAAUAACCUCUGUUGAAGCUACCCCUGAUUCUCACAGUAUUGCCUCAAGCUUUUAUCUUGAAGAAUCUGAUCUGAAGGCCUUGUUGGCACCUGGCUGUUUCCAUGGCACUCAUGCAUCUUUAGAGAUAGUUGUUUUUACAGGGUGGAAAGGGUCUCAUUGUGGUGUAAGCAUCAAGAGGCAGCAGAUUGGGUCAUUUAGACUGGAGGUUGGUCCAGAAUGGUGUGAAGGGAGGCCCAUAAUUCUUUUCAGUGGUUGGAUAGGUAUUGGCAAAAACAAGCAGGAGAGUGGAAAACCAGGACCAGAGCUUCAUUUGAGAGUGAAACUGGACCCUGAUCCAAGAUACAUUUUCCAGUUUGAAGAUGUGACUAGAUUGAGUCCUCAAAUAGUUCAGCUUCAAGGCUCCAUUAAACAGCCUAUCUUCAGUUGCAAGUUUAGUCGAGACAGGGUACCCCAAGUGGACCCAUUGAGCACUUACUGGUCAGGAUCUACUGAUAGUUCUGACCAAGAAAUGGAGAGAAGAGAGAGGAAGGGGUGGAAGGUGAAGAUACAUGAUCUCUCUGGUUCGGCUGUUGCAGCAGCAUUCAUAACAACUCCAUUUGUGCCGUCAACAGGUUGUGAUUGGGUGGCAAGGUCCAACCCAGGAGCUUGGUUGAUUGUUCGCCCAGAUAUUUGCAGACCUGAGAGUUGGCAGCCAUGGGGAAAGCUUGAGGCAUGGCGUGAACGUGGCAUCCGAGAUUCUGUCUGCUGUCGAUUUCGACUUAUUUCUGAUGACCAAGAGGGAGGGGAGCUUCUUAUAUCUGAGAUUUUUAUUAACGCUGAAAAGGGGGGUGAGUUUUUCAUAGACACUGACAGACAAAUGCGAGCAGCAGCAACUCCAAUACCGAGCCCACAAAGCAGUGGAGACUUUGCAGCAUUGGGUCCAGUUGUUGGUGGUUUUGUCAUGAGUUGCAGAGUGCAAGGGGAAGGGAAGAGAAGCAAGCCAUUGGUACAAUUGGCCUUGCGACAUGUAACAUGUGUGGAGGAUGCUGCCAUCUUUAUGGCACUUGCAGCGGCUGUUGAUCUCAGCAUCGAGGCAUGCAGGCCCUUUCGAAGGAAGAUCACAAGACGAACCCGCCAUUCUUUAUGAUGUGGAAAAUCGUCUUGAUUAAUUUCCAGAGACGCAAAACAACUGUACUUUAUCUUUGUAUUUAUUUGGUCUUAUGCAUCUGCAAGGGACUAAACAGGGAUCCAUGUUUAGUCCCUUGCUUACAGAAGUUCUUAGACUUGAGAGCAUGACAGUUAUAGCCUGGAAUUAACUGCCUGGAAGAGGGUAACCUGCCCUGGCAAUGCUCUUGUAGUUAUUAUUCUAGCUGCCAUGACAGGACAUGUUUGAUUGAAUCCCAGAAGGUUAUUUCAGGCUGAGCUGAGAAUAAGCAAUUCCGUUGCAUGCUCACUAAACCAACGAUUAGUCUAGCUGCAUAAGAAAAUAUAAACUUAUUAUGAUGCUCAAUUGUAAAGUUAACUUCUUGAUGAUGAGCUGGAUCUCAUAUCUAAAUGUAGCGAGGAUUCAUAUGUGGAAUAUCUAGGUUGCGUUCAUAGAAAAUGAUUUCACGUAA